AUGAUAAGUGUAAUCAAUCGCAUAGUGUUUGCUGUGCCUCACUAUUUUGUAACAUCUUUGACCCUUGAUUCCACAGGUCUUUGCAAAUCAAAGUGGGAGAAAACUGGACGAUAUCCAUCUGGGAAUUAUGAGUACAUUGACGUCAACGUUGCCGGAACUCGAUACAUCGUUGAAGUCUUUCUAGCCGGAGAAUUCAAAAUUGCCCGGCCAACAGACCAUUACACUUCGUUACUGAACUUCUUUCCUCUAGUUUUUGUGGGUAAAAUAGAUGAGCUCAAGCAGGUUGUGAGAUUAAUGUGCAACGCUAUCAAGAAGUCUAUGAAAACAAUGGACAUGCAUGUACCACCUUGGAGGAGACAUGGCUACUUGCAGGCUAGGUGGUUCAGUUCUUACAAGCGUACGAUCAAAGAAAUACCCGCAAGAAAGGGUUCUGAUUGUUCCCAUGGUGACUUGACCGGAAAAAAAUUGGUUGGAUUUGUUGCUGUGCCUCCAAUUUCUUACUACUGCAGAGAAGAUUAUGCUUCUAAGGUUGGCUUGACAGUGGGUAAUUUGGCUAUGGUCUUGAAUGGCUCCAGCAUUCUUUAGUUUACAAG